AUGUCUCUCCAGGAGUCAGUGAAGCUGACUGGAAGGACACGGCUGGUGGACUUCACUGCCACAAGACAUGGUGAUGGCCAUGAACGUGGAGGACUGUGUCAUAUGGGCAGGGGAGUAACAGAAGGGAGGGGCCCCGCAUUCCUUCCAGACCGCACCGCCUCGCCUUCACCUCACUCCCUGGCCCUCCUCUUCUCGCCUAGACUGCUCACAGCCGCUGAAUUGUCCUGUCUUGAACUCUUCAGCCUGCUGCCAGUGAUUACGAAUGGGAGGACCCACACUUGCGAACAGCUCUACCAGUGUUCUCGAUGUGGCAAAAGCUUUGGCAAGCACGUCACCCUGGUGAAUCACCAGAGGACUCACACUGGAGAGAAACCGUUUGAGUGUCCAGAUUGUGGCAAAAGUUUCAGUCAGAAUUCCAGCCUUGUGGUACACCAGAGGACUCACACAGGAGGGGAACCCUAUGAGUGUCCAGAUUGUGGGAAAAGUUUCAGUGAGAAGUCCAGCCUGGUGAUACACCAGAGGACUCACACAGGAGAGAAACCGUAUGAGUGUCCGCUUUGUGGGAAAAAAUUCAGUCGGAAUUCAUACCUAGUGAUACACCAGAGGACUCACACAGGAGAGAAACCGUAUGAGUGUCUGGAUUGUGGGAAAAGUUUCAGUCAGAAUUCCCACCUGGUUAUACACCAGAGGACUCACACAGGAGAGAAACCGUAUGCGUGUCCACUUUGUGGGAAAAAUUUCAGUCGGAAUUCAUACCUAGUGAUACACCAGAGGACUCACACAGGAGAGAAACCAUAUGAGUGUCCAGAUUGUGGAAAAAGUUUCAGUGAGAAGUCCAGCCUUGUGGUACACCAGAGGACUCACACAGGAGAGAAACCGUAUGAGUGUCUGGAUUGUGGGAAAAGUUUCAGUUGGAAUUCUGAACUGGUGAGUCACCAGAGGACUCAUACAGGACAGAAACCACAUGAGUGUCUGGAUUGUGGGAAGACUUUCCAUUGGAAGUCCAGCCUGGUGAUGCACCAGAGCACUCACACAGGAGAGAAACCGUAUGAGUGUCUGGAUUGUGGGAAAAGUUUCAUUCGGAAUUCCCACUUGGUGAGACACCAAAGGACUCACACAGGAGAGAAACCACAUGAGUGUCCGGAUUGUGGGAAAUGUUUCAUUCAGAAUUCCUACCUGGUGAUUCACCAGAAGACUCACACAGAAGAGAAACUGUAUCAGUGUCCAGAUUGUGGGAAGAGUUUCCGUUGGAAGUCCAGCCUGGUGAAGCACCAAAGCACUCACACAGGAGAGAAACCAUAUGAAUGUCCGGAUUGUGGGAAAAGUUUCCGUUGGAAACCCCAAGUGGUGAUGCACCAGAGCACCCACAUGGGAGAGGAACCACAUGAGUGUCCAGAUUGUGGGAAAGGUUUCAGUCAGAAUUCCGAACUGGUGAGUCACCAAAGGACUCACACAGGAGAGGAAGCGUAUGAGUGUCCAGAUUGUGGGAAAAGUUUCCAUUGGAAGUCCCAACUGGUGAUGCACCAGAGCACUCACACAGGAGAAAAACCGUAUGAGUGUCCGGAUUGUGGGAAAAGCUUCAGUCGGUAUUCCUUCCUGGUGACACACCAAAGGACUCACACAGGAGAGAAACCAUAUGAGUGUCCAGAUUGUGGGAAAAGUUUCAAUUGGAAUUACGAACUGGUGAUACACCAGAGGACUCACACAGGAGAGAAACCGUAUGGGUGUCCGGAUUGUGGGAAAACUUUUAGUCGGAAUUCCGAACUGGUGAUACACCGGAGGAUUCAUACGGGAGAGAAGCUGUAUGAGUGUCCAGAUUGUGGGAAAGAUUUCAGUGUUAGGUCUAGCCUUAUAAAUCAUGUAGGUUUACACAUAGGGAAACCAUUCAGAUGCCCAGACUGUGGAGAGUGCUUCAGAAAAAGUUCCUCCCUUAGCAGACACAAGGAGGUCCACCUGAGACAGAAGGUGAUGAGUGUAGAGAAGGCUUGAAUUUCACUUCUCAUCUCCCAUUGGAUAUCCAGCUGAAAAGGUAAGUAUUUAUUUAAGUUCUGGGCUGAUUCUUUUUGGUCAAACAUGUCUCAGUAUGAGAGAUGAGGGAGGAGAGAAAAAAAAUGGAAAAUGUUAGUUUGUAAAAGGCCAACUACACAUAUCUGGCUAUCAUCAGAAGGUCGCAGUAAGCUGCUGCAAGUUCUAAAAGAUACAUGAAAAAAAGAGAGGAGCACUCAGAUUUUAUGAGAGAAUAUAUUAGGGAAGUUUCUGACAGUAAGAAAUGCAGUGUAAAGUUUCAGACGGAAAGGCUCUUCUGCCUUGCAGUUGAACAUGAUGGAUAAGAGCUGCAGGAAUAUUGAGUUGGGGAGGAAAGGCUUCGUGGUUUUGAGCGUAGGAUCUCCAGGUUUAUGAGCAGCCCCUGCUGUGAUCCUGUUUGCCUGGAGGUGCCUCUUGUUAGCCUUGGACGGCUGUGGGCGAUAGCAGUGCCAAGAGGCUGAGCCUUUUGUUGCAUCCCCCUCGGUGGUGGAGGUGGGAGAAAAGAAAUGCACAGCGGAAGAUGUUUCAUGUCUAAGAAUGGAUUG